CGUUUCUCAGCCCGCUGACCUACGACGUGCAUCGCCAUGCCACCCAAAACCUCCGGAAAGGCCGCCAAGAAGUCUGGCAAAGCCCAGAAGAACAUCAGCAAGUCCGACAAGAAGGGCAAGAGGAAGCGCAGGAAGGAGUCGUACGCCAUCUACAUCUACAAGGUGCUGAAGCAGGUGCACCCCGACACCGGCGUGUCCAGCAAGGCCAUGUCGAUCAUGAACUCGUUCGUGAACGACAUCUUCGAGCGCAUCGCCGCCGAAGCCAGCCGCCUCGCUCACUACAACAAGCGCUCCACCAUCACGUCCCGGGAAAUCCAGACCGCCGUGCGUCUGCUGCUGCCCGGAGAGCUGGCCAAGCACGCCGUGUCUGAAGGCACCAAGGCUGUGACCAAGUACACCAGCUCCAAGUAAGCCCAACAUCGACACGCGGCUUGCAAAAUCGGCCCUUUUCAGGGCCACCCAAAUAAAUCAAAUGAAAGUUUCAAAGCAA